AUGUCCGAGGCCAUCAUCAGAUUCUGGUUUGCCGCCAGAAGAGAGAAGAACGCCGACGGAACAACCUAUCUGGUGCUGGUGGCUCCAAAAACAGGAGAGCGAGUCAAUGUGAACGAGGAGCUGCUGAGGAGUGCCAAUGUCGUGCUCGGUGACUUUCUGACCGCCAAACUUUGUCCCGGAAGCCCACUGAAGGACUUCAAGAAGACACAGCAUAAAGCACAGCUGAAGGUGCAAGUAGAGGGAAAUGUGGCAUACGUACGUGUUUUAAAAACAAAACAAAACAGACGAAAGUGCGAGAUUUUAGGUGGAAGACGUGAAGGUGACGGUGGUGAAUGUGAACGGGAAGUCCUUCUUCAGAGGGCAAUACUUUGCACAAGCCAGCUCAAGGACUGAUGUUAACGAGGGAGAGUACCUUGUGAGAAUCAAUCUGUAAGUGUGAUGGGCUGCUAGGAAUUGCAUUCAUGUCUUGUUUCAGCCUCCAAAAACCUGCCGUAGUCAGUCCGACAGUGAACGUGCACUUCGCAGGAACACUGCCAAAGCCCGUUGGUGCAGUUUUUGGAGCCGGCUUCGCACCUUCUCCUCCUCCUCCUCCUCAAUUCCAAGUCGGUGCAGGAUUCACAGCCGCCAAGUUAACAAAACUGAAGGCCGUGGUUCUGGACGUGAAAAGAGAGACGGGCACUCAUUUCCUCUGGGUCUUCGAUAAGAAAACGUAAGUUCCCCUUCAAAUUCACUCUAGUUUCUAAUGUUUUCACUUUCAGAGAGGGCUACUUUGUCUCCAAUACCCUUCCGCUUCAGAAGGGACACUUCUUCGAGGCACUAUUCACGCAACAAGCGAAUGGAAAAUGGAAUAGUCAACAGUACGAGAAAGCGAUUCAGUAUCCGAUCAAAGGAGGCCUCGAUGCCAGCGGGAAAAUCUGGUUCAAAACGAUCCUAAAGACCUAUCAACCGGCGUCUGGUAAUCUGAGAUACGCCCAAGCAACAUCCGAUCAUUUCGGAACUAUUGUGAGUUUGAAAUGAGCAGAAGCAUUGUAGUAAAAGAGUAAUUUCAGGUGGACGUCGAUUCGAAACUCCCGUCGGAUUUCAGCAAGAAACAGGUGAACAUUCAACGUCGCAGACUCGGAUCCGAGUACGUCUGGGUGGUCUCCGAAGUUCUCUAA